AUGAGAGUGGACAGAACUGCUACACUGGUGGCAGACAACAGGAUUCCUGCUAGCAACACCACCAACAACACUGUUUUUGGAGAAUCUGGACUACUCAUGUCAGUCACCCUGCAGCUGGCUUUUAGCCUAGCUGUUGUGGGCCUGAGCACAGGGCAAGAGUGGAAUAUACAGAAUUCCUACCCAAGGAACCCUAUUUAUUCCAGUGGGCGCCAAAAUGGGUGUUUGAAUGCUGUGGGACCCCAAAACCUGUGCAUAAGCAAAGCAGAUGUUGAUGCUGCCUUUGACCAGGCUUUGAAAAAGCUGGAACUCACAAUUCCUAAUCAUGAGCUGAAAAGAGUGGAGGAUAUUUGUAUUUUGUCAAGAGCAGUUUUCUAUGCUGGAGUCAUUUUGAAGGAGAAGAAGCAUAAAAGUAUUGCACAAAUUGAUCCAUUGACUGGUGCUUUGAAUAGAGAUCCUCAAGUGAUAGACUGUGCCAAAUUCCAAAAAUUCAGACACCCACAAGGAUUCUGCACCAACAGCCAGGAAUAUGUCACUUGGGGAGCAGCUUUGCAGCCAAUUCCCAGAGAAACACCUGCUUACUACAGUGGAACAAUUGGAGAGACUCCAAGGCUUACAGGGUUCUUGGGAGCACCUUUGCCUAAUGCAAGACACAUUUCUGUGAAAAUCUUCAGGGAGAAUCCAUUCAUUCAUGACUGCUACCUGAGUGUCUUCUACUUGGGAUGGGGGCAAUAUUUUGCUCAUGACAUCAAUGAAGCAAACUUCUUCUCAGAUACCCCUAUAAACUGCUGUACAUCUGGAGCACUUCAGAGGGACCCAGAUUGUUACCCCAUAGAAGUUCUGUCAAGAGACAGAGAACCAGAGAUGGACACAGACUGUCUGGACUUUCACAGAACAUGUCCAGCUCUGAUGCCAGGCUGCAGGAUGGGGGUUCGCCAGCAAAACAAUGCUGCCACACCCAUACCUGACCAGAGUACCACUUAUGGCAGCACUUUGGCAUCAUAUAGACAAGUCAGGCUGAAUUCUCCUGACAAGUGCUUCCUCACACCUUUCUCUGACCAGGCUGCCAAUGCUGACAGAGAGGACUGCAUCACAGCAACUGGGACUUCUCCAUCACAAUGUUUUGUUACUGGUGACAAUGGGAGGAUGUUCACUGAGCCAGUACUGUUUUCUGUUCACGUUAUGUACAAUUGGUUGCACAACAUAAUUGCCAAAAAACUGAGAUACAUGAACCCACACUGGGACUGUGAGUUGGUGUUUCAAACUGCAAGGCAGCAACGUGUGACUGAGGUCACUUCAGGCUGCAGUCAGUUGCAGCAGCAGCAAGGAUUCAGAGAGGAUUUUGAUAUCUACACAAACCCUGCAACCUCUCAAACCUUGGGACAAGUGGGAUUCCGUUAUGGCCAUUCAAAGCUUCAGGAAUUCACAGUGUUGAGAGAUGAACACUACAGAUUCCUUGCCAUUGAUGAAUACUGGCACUGGUUUGCCAGACCUGAGAGGCUGAAUGGAACUCAGAUGAUCAGCUGGCUUGUGCAUGGAUCUCUGACACAGUGUGUCAGAAAGACUGACAGAUUCAUCACCCAUCAGGUCUUGUCCAAUCUUAGGCAAGUCCUGGAGCAUCAGAACCAGAAUGUUUUGAAAGACAAAGUGGGACAUGACCUGGGAGCUAAGAAUAAUCACAGGGGCAGGGACCAUGGACUGGCACCUUACAUCAUAUACAAGUGGAAAUUUUGCAAGGGCAGAAGAGUUGUUGAAUGGGAAGAUCUCUUGGAUGUUAUGUCAUUCAAGACCAUCACAGUGCUCAGGAGUGUUUACAACCACCCAGUGGAUAUAGAUGCCUAUGUUGGAAUGCUAUCAGAAGAGCUGUUGCCAGGGGCAGAAAUAGGCUUCACUGCCGCCUGCUUCCUUGCCAAACAAUUCAGGAGGUACAUCAUAGGUGACCACAAAUGGUAUGAGAACAACAGACUGGCUUUCAAUGAAGAGCAAAUGGAAAGCAUCAAGGAAUCCACUUUAGCUGGAACAAUGUGCAGAGUUUUCAGAAUGAAUUCCAUUCAAGUGAGGCCCUUCUUGAUGCCACACCAGCAAACAAACCCCAGAUUACCCUGUAAUGGAUUCCCUUUCAUCAACUUGGACCCCUGGAAGGACCCAGAUGGUCCUCAGUACAAUAACAGAUUCCCAGGAUAUGGCCAAAACAACUAUGGUCCUCUUGAAGACAAUUACCACCAGGCUGGCAGGCUUCGUUACAAGCCUCCUGCAAAUGCACCAGUUCAUGUCCCUGCGGCACCAGAAAAACCAAAAGACCCAAAACCAGAAGAACCCGAAGAACCUGAAGAUCCAGAACCAGUAGAACCCCAAGACCCAAAGCCAGCAGAUCCACCGCCUGCAACCCCAAGCUUCUGGUCCAUUUGGGGUCUACAACCAGCAGCAAAGCCAUCUGAAGCCGACAUCUGGCUGGACAACUUGUGUGUCUCUGUGGUUGGACAAGACAUCAGUGCUCCAUUUCCUGCCAACUCUGCAAAAUUUAAUGCCAGGAAAGAUUCUGCCAUUCCAGAAAGUGCUGAGAUAGAGGAGAGUGAGUCCUGCUCUUUCCUUUCAGAGCUGAGACCACGAAAAGUGGAGCAGAGAAUGAAGAUGUGGUUGGGGGCUCUGCUCUUGUCCUGCUGCCACCUGGCGGCAGGCAACAUCAUGCCCAACAUGAAGGUGAUGAAGAUGGAAGCACCAGUGGCAAUAAUGGCCAUGCCAGCAGCUCCAUCUGGCUACAUCCAGCAGAACUACUCACCUCCCUCUUACACCUCUUACAAUGAUGGUUUCAUAAUGAAGCCAAAGGAACCCUACCCACCUGACACCAUUCACCCAACUUCUGCUCUUGUGGUCAAAUAUCCUCCAAAUUUGUGUCUCAUGCCUUUGCCUGCUUCCUACAAUGGUCCCUACAAAGGACAGUGCAUCACUGUCAAAGAUGUAGAUGACGCUCUUGACUUUGCCAUCAAACUCAUUGGGAUGGAUAUUAAAGACAAGCCAGUAGCUGAAGUCAUUGGUGCCAUGGGUGAUGUUAUGUGGCAAGCCACUGUUUGGGUGGUGGACAAGUUCAAGUUGGACCCUAGAGUGGCAGCACAAAUCCUGCCCCACAUGGAUGUGAGCAAGACCAAGAUUUGGGAAAUAUGUCCCAUGUACUACAAACCAGAUCAUAUCAAGUGUACUAUGGUCAAGUACCCUAGGAUCACAGGGGACUGUAAUGAUGGCAAGGAUGAGGACAAAGCAUCAUCUGGGCGUUUGCUGAGGAGACUCUUGCCUAAUGGCUACAGUCUGGGCAAUCCAAGGGUCAGUGUCACAGGCUACCCACUCCCAAGUGCAAGAUUAGUGUCAAAUGUUGUUCAUUACAAUGUGCAUGCUAAUGAGAAAUUCUGGAACUGGUGGUUCAUAGUCUUUGGGCAGUACAUGGACCAUGAAAUUGUCCUCAGCAGUAACUUCCAUCAGAAUUACAAAGUUCCCAAUGGGCAUUAUGAAUGCUGCAGUUACAAGGGUCAUCAUGACUGUUACCCCAUCAGUGUGCCUCCAGAUGAUCCAUUCUAUGGGUCAUACAAGAGGAGCUGUUUGAAUUUUGUGAGAGCCAUGCCAGGUUUGUGGCCAUACUGUCUCCUGGGUUCCAGAGAACAGUGGAACAGUGCCACACCUGUGAUUGAUGCCAGUCCUGUGUAUGGGUCUGAGUUCAAGACAUAUGGUCAGAUCAGGGACAAGCAUGGGUACCUGUUGACCUACAACCCUUAUCCAGCUGAAUAUGGACUGAAGCCAUUGCCUCCACAGCAGAAAAGAAGACCUGACUACAACUGUGACAGGCUGAACAAGGAUACCUACUGCUUCAAAGCAGGGGAUGACAGAAACAGCCUGCAGACAUCUUUGGUUGUCAUGCACGUCAUAUUCCUGCGCAUGCACAAUGACUAUGUAGAACAACUCAAGUACUUGAACCCACACUGGAGUGCUGAAAGACUGUUCCAUGAAGCCAGGAGGAUUGUGAUUGCUGCUAAUCAGCACAUAUCUGUCAAUGAAUGGUUGCCAGCCAUGUUGGAUGGUUACUACUUGGAUCUCUACAAACUCAGGCCUGUCAAGCUUUACAGGUAUGACUAUGAACCAGACACAGAUCCUCAGGUGUCCAAUGAAUUUUCCACAGCAGCUUUUCGUUUUGCCCACUCACUGAUUCCAGAUGAGAUUUACUAUGCCAACAAGAAUCAUCAAGUUACAAAAGUGCAUGUGAUGAGUCAGGCUCAUGUGACUAUGAUUCAUACAGAGAAGGUUCUGUUCAGGGAGCUUCAGAACAGAGCUGAUGAGAUCUACGUCCCUGGAAAUGUGGACAGAAUGAUGCUGGGUGCUCUUCAUCAGCCACUUUACAGGAUGGACCCACACAUUACUGAUGAAGUAAGGAACUACCUCUUCAAAGGUUUUAACAACAUUGGAGAGGACUUGGCAUCCAAGAACAUUCAAAGAGGAAGAGAUCAUGGCAUCAGGGGGAGCAUUGAAGAUUUGGACUUGUGGUCUGCUGGGGUCUCAGAGUUUGCUUACAACAAAGGGCUGGUUGCUCAACUGAGAGAACUCAAGAAGAUUUCCUUGGCAAGACUCAUCUGUGACCAUGGGGACUACAUUGAGAGUGUGCAACGUUGGGCAAUGCAACUGCCUGAUUAUUCCAGCAACAAGAUCUACUCCUGCAAGAGCAAAGCCAUCCCAAGGAUCAACCUUUAUGCCUGGAAGGAAAAGAGCUAUGCUGGUUAUUCCAUCAAUUAUGUUGACACAUACUCCAAGGCCCCAGCAGCAGCUCAGAGUACAUACAGUCAACCUCAGUAUCCAGUCAGUUACAACCAAUACACCCCUGCUCCAGCUCCAGCCCCUGUCCCACUCACUUCUGGAGCUCAGUCUCCUCCCAAAAUGGGCUUCUUACACACUGUGAAGAUUAAAUUCAGACUGAAACAUUCUGUGAGAGAAAACUGGUUUUCAGUAGUGCUUUACUCAUUGAUUGCUGUGUUGGCUUGGCAUUUGUCUGGUACCCCAGAGGCCCGAAACCCAUUCCAGGAACUGACCAAAAUCACCCCAGAAAUGAUUGGACAACUGUACUCUUUUGACUGGGCAUUGGACAACUGGAAUGACAAUGGCUGGACAAGACUGCAAAUUUCUAGGAUCAUGCAAAGAUUUGAGGCCAAAAUGCUCAUGUAUGCUGCUGAAACCAAGAGCAGGCUUACCUUGGGUCCCACUGCAAUCAGAUUCUCCAAAGUGUCAGUAGUGCCUCCUGAGAUCUUGGAUAUGCUUGAAGAAAAAUUGCUGAAAAGAGCUCUCAAUGGAUCCUUUCUGCAUAAGAGCUACAAACACUUUUUCGAACCAGACAAAUACUUCAAACCUGAUGAUCCCGAUGUCAAGCGCAUGAUUCCGGAGGGGAAUUUAGAAGUGACAUCUAGGUGGAGAAGUGAAAGUGGAGGCCUGUUGUCCAGAAGAAUCAGAGAUCCAGGCAUUCUGACUGAAGCUGAUGAAAAAAUUUUGUCCUGGAAACAACACAGAGUUGAUCCAGUAGUAUCCAAGUACUUCAAAAAGGGAGAGAGGCUCCACCUGGUGGAAGUGGGUGGAAAGGACUUUAGCUCCUGCCUUUCAAAACUACCAGAGGCCAGCAACAGUGGGUGGAAAGGCCUGACUAUAGACAUGCAAAAGGAAUCCUUUGGACUAAAGUCAUUCCACAAACCAUUGCCAUUCUGUGUAUCUCCAACAAAUUCCACAAUAGUUCUCCUCAGGAAAUCCUGGGCUGAAACACAUGUGAGUGGAGGUAUGGGCUUGAAAAGCGAGGAGCAGGCAGAGAUGGGUGAACCAGAGUUUCAUCCCUUCACUUCAACUAUUUUGCCCUUGCCUGAGGCUGUGCAAUUGCUGAAAGAGGACAGACCUGAUUUGGUGGCCAAGGAUUCAUUUGUGUGUUUCCCACUCUACACUAUUCUACUGGCAGCUAACUUCACUGAGGUGGACUAUUUAUCCUUGAGUGUCAAUAAAAUUUCUCUGGACAUUGCUCACAAUUUUCAGUGGGACAAAAUACAGCCAAGGGUUGUAAGAAUGAUGCCAGGUGGAUUUCCAGAUAAUGAAACAGUUUCCUUGAUGGCACAGCAUGGAUAUGAGCUGGACAUGGAAUUCUCUGACUUCACUUCACACUCUGGAUUUGUGUAUUUUGGCAAAAUGGUUUGAAAGUUCAAGAAAUAGGUAUUUUCAGACUA